AUGGUUGGUAAAGAAGGAGAUAAUUUUGUUUGCAAUCCUAGUGACGAAAAAUUGAAUGAUUCUCCUCUUGAACUAAUUGUUAGUGCCACUGAAGAGACAAUUACUAUGUUGGACGGUGCCGCUCAGGAAAUAAGCGAAAAAGAACUAGAAAAGGCGAUAAGUUUCGCUCAAAAAGAAAUUUUGAUACUAAUCGGAUUUUUUCGCCACAUUGCCAAUGUAUUAAAAAUAGAAAAAGAAAAAAGUUUGAAAGAAUGUAGACAAGAAUUGACUAAAGAAUAUUGGGAAAAAAAUCCUCACUUAGAAGAAGAUUAUGUUAAAGAUGGAAGGAAAAUUGAAGAAAUUCGCCCCCUGAAAAUUCACAUUGACUAUUUGCCUAAUGUUCAUGGUAGUGCAGUUUUUGAACGAGGAGAAACAAAAAUCCUCUCCAUAGUAACUAUUGGAAAAAUUAGUGAUAAGCAAUUAGUCGACAGUAUUUUUUCUCGUUAUCAUAAAUAUUUUAUUCACCACUAUAACUUUCCUCAGUUUGCGGUCAAUGAAGUGGCUAGCUACCGUGGUGUCUCUCGGCGAGAAAUUGGCCAUGGAGAAUUAGUAGAAAAAACCUUUGAUCAUUUAGUUCCCGAAGUUAGCAAUUUUCCUUAUACUAUUCGAGUAGUUUCGGAGGUUUUUUCUUCAGAUGGUUCUUCUUCUCAGGCCUCUAUCUGUGCUACUUCUUUAGCUUUAAUGACCGCCGGCGUUCCCCUUAUUAGGCCAGCCGCCGGGAUAGCCUUAGGGUUAUUUGAAGGGCAAAUAUAUACUGAUCUUAAUGGUCUAGAAGACAAACUAGGCGAGAUGGACUUUAAAGUUGCUGGAACUGAAAAAGGUAUUUGUUCGCUGCAACUAGAUGUAAAAAACCGCGGAAUUAGUAAUAAAUUAUUAAGAGAAUGUUUGGAAAAAGCUCGUCAGGCUCGGCUCUAUAUAUUAACUGAAAUGAGAAAUUUAAUUUUUUCUUCUCGUUCUACUUUACCUACUCAAGUCAUUAAAUGUCGUAGUUUCUAUGUCGAAAAAGAAAAAAUCGGUUUAAUUAUUGGACCACGUGGCAAAACGAUCAACCAGUUAACUGAGGAAACGGGUUCAACUAUCGAAAUUGAAAAUAACGGAUAUGUAAUUAUUUACAAUCAAGAAGAAGAAAAAUUAGAAAAAACCCACCAAGCAAUCAAAGCUAUAAUUAAUAAAAGGAAUUUUUAA